AUGGCUGAUUCAGAUGCUCUGAAAGUUUGCCUUGUUGGCAAUACGUCUGUUGGAAAGACUUGUAUCGUUAACAGACUUGUCAAAGGAGUGUUCAACAACAGCGAGAAGCCGACUAUCGGUUCAAACUUUGUAACCACUUGUAUCACCGUCGAUGGAAAACCUUUCAGACUUGCCAUUUGGGCUGGACAAGAGAAAUACCGUUCAAUGGUAUCAAUGUAUUAUAGAGGGAGUGUGGGCGCCCUCAUUGUUUACGACGUAACUCAAACCCAGAGUUUCCAAGAUGUUAAGAUGUGGUAUGACGAGCUGACUAAUACCGAAAAAGAAGUCCAAGUCAUUAUUGUGGGGAACAAAUGCGAUUUGCCAGAAAGAUCUGUCUCCACGGAAGACGGACAAAGAAUUGCUUCGGACUUGCAUUGUCUUUUUUGUGAAGUGUCGGCCUUGACUGGUCAGUCAAUUAAUGAAUGCUUUGUGAAACUUGCCAAAAACAUAAAAGUCCCAGACGCAGGCCCACAAUACGGGAUCAACCCAGCACAACCUGCUAAACAGCAGCAAGACGGGUGCUGCUAA